UCUCCUCCUCUGUGUACAGGUCACACAUGCCUGGAUAACAAGCCAGGAUAAAAAAUUAUUUCAAAAAGUGGUGAAGAAGUGUGGUUUAGCUUAGGAGGAAACACAAUUGAUGCUGAAAGGGUCUGAUUUCGUGCCUUUGGGAAAAGUUUGGAGCUGGAGGGAAGCUUGAGUGGAAGAGGUCCAGAGUAGAGAUGUCCAUCUCAACUCAGCUGGGCUUGUUGUUGUGGAAGAACUUUACCUACAGGAGAAGGCAAACGCUCCAACUGCUGAUUGAGAUAGUAUGGCCCCUGUUGAUCUUCUUCAUUUUGAUAUCAGUGAGACUGAACUACCCUCCGUACGAACAACAUGAAUGUCAUUUCCCCAACAAGGCCAUGCCCUCGGCGGGCACCCUGCCCUGGAUCCAAGGCAUCAUCUGCAACGCUAACAACCCCUGCUUCCGCAACCCCACUCCUGGAGAGUCCCCCGGAGUCGUGGGCAACUUCAACGAGUCCAUAAUCUCUCGUCUGUUCUCCGAUGCCAAGAAGAUCCUGCUGUACAGUCAGAAUGACCGGAAUCUGGAUGGCUUUAAAGGCCUCAUCCAAGCCCUGAAGACACUACAGGCCAACACCAAUGGAUUCAAGCUGAAGGAUUUCCUCCACAACAAUGAGACCCUGUCCACUUUCCUUCUGCGAAACGCCUCCUUCUCGGAACACGCCGUGCGCCAGAUCAUUGAGGCCGACGUGAACUUGGAAAAGGUGCUGGUCAAAGGCUUCGGUGUCCACCUGAGGGACUUGUGCAGCAGCAACGGCACCAGAGUAGAGGACUUUGUGACCAUCACAGACAGCAAGGUGUCCAGUCUGGUCCAGAAGAUGCUCUGCGUGUCCCCAGGCUCCUGGCUCAACCAGGCAGAAAGCCACUUCCUCCACAACCUGGACUUCCUCAAACCCAUACGGAAGGAUGUGAGGACUGAACCUGAAGCCGUCCAGCAGGUGGCCAAGGCUACAGACAAACUCCUGGAGAGCCUGGGCUCCCUGGCCUUGGAGCUGGCCAGCAUGAAGAGUUGGAGAGACCUGCGUAACGAGAUCAUCUUCCUCACGGAGAACGCCACAUCCUCCCCCAGCCACAUGUACCAGGCUGUGUCGCGCAUCGUCUGUGGCCAUCCCGAGGGUGGCGGACUAAAGAUCAAGUCCCUCAACUGGUACGAGGACAACAACUACAAGGCUCUGUUCGGCAACCACAACACAACCAACGGGGAGGAGCCAAUCUCUGCCUACGACAACACAUCCACUCCAUACUGUAACGCUAUGAUGAGGAACAUGGAGUCCAGCCCCGUGUCCAGGAUGAUCUGGCAGGCCCUGAAGCCUCUGCUCAUGGGCAAGAUCCUGUACACCCCUGACACCCCAGCCACACAGAAGAUCAUCCACGAGGUGAACAGAACAUUCCAGGAGCUGGGGGUCCUCAGAGAGCUGGGGGGCAUGUGGGAGGAAAUUAAGCCCAAGGUCUGGACCUUCAUGGAGAGCAGCGAACACAUGGACCUAGUAAGGACCCUAUUGAAGAACAAUGGCACUGGCAGCUUCUUCACCUCCCAACUGGCGGGCUCAGAGUGGACUGUGGAGGACGUCUCCAACUUCCUGACCAAACAUUCGCAGGACACGCAUCCCCACGGUACAGCCUUCACCUGGAGGGAAGUCUUCAACGAGACGGACCAGGCCAUCAUGAGCAUAUCCCGCUUCAUGGAGUGUGUAAACCUGGAUAAGAUGGAGCCCGUGGCCAAUGAGGAAAGGAUGGUCAACAAAUCCAUGGCGCUCCUGGACGAUAGGAAGUUCUGGGCUGGGAUUGUGUUUCCAGAUAUUGAGGCCAACAGCUCUGAACUGCCGGCCAACGUCAACUACAAGAUCCGCAUGGACAUCGAUAACGUGGAGCGCACCAACAAGAUCAAAGACGGAUAUUGGGACCCUGGUCCUCGUGCUGACCCAUUUGAGGACCUGCGCUACAUCUGGGGUGGCUUCUCUUACCUCCAGGACAUCAUCGAGCAUAGCAUCAUCACAGCAGUAACUGGCGUCAAGGAGAAGACGGGAGUCUACAUCCAACAGAUGCCCUAUCCCUGCUACGUGGACGACAUCUUCCUGCGGGUGAUGAGUCGCUCCAUGCCCCUCUUCAUGACCCUGGCCUGGAUGUACUCUGUGGCCAUCAUCAUCAAGAGCGUGGUGUACGAGAAGGAGGCAAGGCUCAAGGAGACCAUGAGGAUCAUGGGAUUAGACAAUGGCAUCCUGUGGUUCAGCUGGUUCAUCAGCAGCCUCAUCCCCCUGCUAAUUUCUGCCGGCCUGCUGGUUGUGCUGCUCAAGAUGGGGAACCUGCUGCCCUACAGUGACCCCGGCGUCAUCUUCCUGUUCCUGGGUUCCUUUGCCGUGGUAACCAUCAUGCAGUGCUUCCUCAUCAGCACAAUGUUUGCCCGUGCCAACUUGGCGGCGGCAUGCGGGGGCAUCAUCUACUUCACCCUCUACCUGCCCUACGUCCUCUGUGUGGCCUGGCAGGACUAUGUGGGCUUUGGGGCCAAAAUAGUCGCUAGCCUGCUGUCCCCAGUGGCCUUUGGCUUUGGCUGUGAGUACUUUGCCCUGUUCGAAGAGCAGGGCAUCGGCAUCCAGUGGAACAACCUGUUCAAUAGCCCCAUGGAGGAGGACGACUUCAGCCUGACCACCGCCAUCAUCAUGAUGUACUUCGACUCCUUCCUCUACAUGGUGAUGACCUGGUACAUCGAGUCCGUCUUCCCUGGUCAGUAUGGUAUUCCCAGGCCCUGGUAUUUCCUCUUCUCCAAGUCCUACUGGUUUGGAGAAGGGGACAACAGGAAGACUGACUUCAGUCAGAACAAGAGAAGGAGCUGUGAAGCUGUCUGUAUAGAGGAAGAGCCAGCCCACCUGAAAACUGGUGUCUUCAUAGAGAACCUAGUCAAGGUGUACCGGCACGGGAAGAAGCUGGCUGUGGAUGGGCUGACUCUGGGCUUCUACGAAGGACAGAUCACCUCUUUCUUGGGCCACAACGGAGCAGGGAAAACCACCACUAUGUCGAUUCUAACGGGACUGUUUCCGCCUACCUCUGGCACUGCUUACAUCAUGGGAAAAGACAUCCGAUCGGAGCUGAGUGCUAUUCGACAGAGUCUGGGCGUUUGUCCACAGCACAACGUUCUCUUCAGCAUGCUGACCGUUGAGGAGCACAUCUGGUUCUAUGCUCGCCUGAAGGGUCUAUCUGAGGAACAGGUAAAGUCUGAGAUCGAACAGAUCCUGAUAGAUACUGGCCUGCCGCACAAACGCACUUCCAGGACCAGCACACUGUCCGGAGGGAUGCAGAGGAAGCUCUCUGUGGCUCUGGCCUUUGUCGGGGGGUCAAAGGUUGUGAUUCUGGACGAGCCCACUGCCGGGGUCGACCCCUACGCCCGCAGGGGCAUCUGGGACCUCUUGCUCCAAUAUCGUCUAGGUCGUACCAUCAUCCUCUCCACCCACCACAUGGACGAGGCGGACAUCUUGGGCGACCGCAUUGCCAUCAUCUCCCACGGCAAGCUGUGCUGCGUGGGCUCCUCCCUCUUCCUGAAGAACCAGCUAGGUACAGGCUACUACCUCACCCUGGUCAAGAAGGGCCCAGAACCUUUCCUAAGCUCCUGCCGCAACUCCUCCAGUACCGUCUCCUUAACUAAGAAGGAGGAGGAUUGUCCCUCUGAGAGCAGCUCUGACGCAGGCCUUGGCAGCGAACACGAGAGCGAAGUAGCUACCAUAGAAACUGCUCAGGCAGCUUCCAUCUGUGAAAGUACCUUCGUGCCCCCCGACGUCUCCCUGAUCUCCAGCCUGAUCUUCAAGCACGUCCCGGCCGCCCGCAUGGUGGAAAACCUUGGCCACGAGCUCAUCUACGUCCUACCCUACAGCGCCGCCAAGGACGGAGCCUUCGUGGAACUCUUCAAGGACAUGGACAAUCACCUCCCUGACCUGGGCAUAUCCAGCUAUGGUGUCUCCGACACCACCCUGGAAGAGAUUUUCCUGAAAGUGGCAGAGGACAACGGAGUUGACACAGAAGUUCCCUCAGACGGUACACUCCCCCUGCGCAGACGUCGUAGAAAUCAUGCCUUUGGUGGAGGAAAUGCCUUCGGUGGAGACCACCAGAGCUGCCUUAGACCCCAGAUUGAUGACGACAACAAUGAACAUAACGACUCGGACGCAGACCCAGAAUCCAGAGAGACAGACUUCUUGAGCGGCUCGGACGGUAAAGGCUCCUACAAGGUGACGGGAUGGAGUCUGAAGAGGCAGCAGUUUGUGGCCUUGAUUUGGAAGAGGUUUCUGUACGCUCAACGCUCCAGAAAAGGUUUCUUUGCUCAGAUUGUACUUCCUGCUGUGUUUGUGUGCAUUGCCCUGGUCUUCAGUCUCAUCGUCCCGCCUUUCGGAAAGUACCCCAGUCUGGAGCUGCAGCCAUGGAUGUACGAAGAACAGUCCCUCUUCAUCAGCGAUGACGCCCCUGAAGACGCUAGCACACAACGGUUAUUGAGUGCCCUCACCGAAGGACCUGGGUUUGGAACGCGCUGCAUGGAAGGACAGCCCAUACCUGACACUCCCUGUACGAUGGGUGACGAAGACUGGUCCAUACCGGAGGUCCCAGAGACUCUUCUGGAACUCUUCCGCACAGGUAACUGGACCAUGGAGGAGCCGUCCCCUGCAUGCGCCUGCAGCUGUGACGGCCGCAAGAAAAUGCUCCCUGAGUGUCCUGCUGGAGCCGGAGGACUGCCACCCCCUCAGAUGAAGAUCAGUGAGACAGACACCCUGCAAAAUCUGACCAACAGAAACAUCUCUGACUAUCUGGUGAAGACCUAUGCAGAGAUCAUUGGGAAAAGUUUGAAGAACAAAAUCUGGGUAAAUGAAUUUAGGUACGGUGGCUUCUCAUUGGGUGCCAGGAGCACCAACAUCCUCCCCGCAGCUGACGAAAUUGACGACGCCAUCGCUCGAGUGAGGAAGAUUUUUGAAUUGGAGAAGGGUGCAGCCGCAGACCGAUUCCUGGAGAGCUUGUCUAGCUUCAUCAACGGUCUGGACACCAAGAACAAUGUCAAGAUUUGGUUCAACAACAAGGGAUGGCACAGCAUGGGAGCCUUCCUCAACGUGAUGAACAACGGCAUCCUGCGCUCCAACCUGCCCCCUGGCAAGGACCCCAGCAAGUUUGGCAUCCGCGCCUUCAACCACCCGCUCAACCUCACCAAGGAGCAGCUGUCCCAGGUGGCACUGAUGACCACCUCAGUGGACGUCCUGGUGUCCAUCUGCGUGAUCUUUGCCAUGUCCUUCGUCCCAGCCAGCUUCGUAGUCUUCCUCAUCCAGGAGAGAGUGAGCAAGGCCAAGCACAUGCAGUUCAUCAGCGGCGUGCAGCCCCUGCUUUACUGGACUGCCAACUUCAUCUGGGAUAUGUGUAACUACAUCGUCCCGGCAACGCUCGUCAUCAUCAUCUUCGUCUGCUUCCAGCAAAAGGCAUAUGUGUCGUCCACCAACCUGCCAGUGCUGGCCCUGCUGCUGCUCCUCUAUGGCUGGUCUAUCACUCCCCUGAUGUACCCGGCAUCCUUCUUCUUUAAGAUCCCCAGCACGGCCUACGUGGUGCUGACCUCCGUCAACAUCCUCAUCGGCAUCAACGGCAGCAUCUCCACCUUCGUCAUGGAGCUCUUCGGAGACAACGAAAUUGGGGGUAUCAACAACAUCCUGAAGAACGUUUUGCUGAUCUUCCCUCACUUCUGUCUUGGCCGAGGUCUCAUUGACAUGGUGAAGAACCAGGCCAUGGCCGACGCUCUGGAGAGAUUUGGUGAGAACCGCUUCCGAUCCCCUCUGGAAUGGGACAUGGUGGGCAAGAACCUGUUUGCCAUGGCCGUGGAAGGAGUGGUCUUCUUCAUCAUCACCGUCCUUUUCCAGUACCGCUUCUGCAUCAAGCCCAUUAACCUGCACACCAAGCUCCCUCCGGUGGGUGAGGAGGACGAGGACGUGGCCAGAGAGAGGCAGAGGAUCGUCAACGGACUGGGACACGGAGACAUCCUGGAGCUCCGACAGCUCACCAAGGUCUACAAGAGGAAGCAAAAGCCAGUUGUAGACCGCCUGUGUGUGGGCAUCCCUCCUGGAGAGGUAAGAUUAGAUUAUUUAAAACAAGUAAAUACACGAUGCAAUGACAUGCAAUCUCUUUCAAUCUCCUUAGGUAUAUUUCCUCUGUUUCCUUUCUCUUUCUCUCAGUGCUUUGGCCUCCUGGGUGUGAACGGAGCAGGAAAGACCACCACAUUCAAAAUGCUGACAGGAGACUCCAUGGUCACCAGUGGAGAAGCUUUCCUGGCUGGAAAAAGUAUACUGCGGGAGAUAGACGAAGUGCACCAGAACAUGGGCUACUGUCCCCAGUUUGACGCCAUCAACGAACUGCUGACAGGCAGAGAGCACCUGGAGUUCUACGCCGUCCUGCGUGGAGUGCCCGAGAAGGAAGUGUGUGAGGUUGCUGAAUGGGGCAUCCGUAAGCUGGGCCUAGUAAAGUAUGUGGACAAGGCAGCAGGAAGCUACAGCGGAGGAAACAUGAGGAAACUCUCCACGGCCAUGGCCCUAAUAGGAGGACCACCCGUCGUGUUCCUGGACGAGCCCACUACUGGGAUGGACCCCAAAGCGCGCAGGGCCUUAUGGAACUGCAUCCACAGCGUCAUCAAGGAGGGACGCUCCGUGGUGCUCACCUCGCACAGUAUGGAGGAAUGUGAGGCCCUGUGCACCAGAAUGGCCAUCAUGGUCAACGGCAGAUUCCGUUGCUUGGGGAGCGUUCAGCACCUAAAGAAUAGGUUCGGAGACGGGUACACCAUCAUCCUGCGUGUGGCGGGGGCGGACCCUGACCUGCCGCCGGUGAUGAAGUUCAUUGAGAGCGAGCUGCCGGGCAGCACCCUGAAGGAGAAGCACAGGAACAUGCUGCAGUACCAGCUGCCCUCCUCUCUCACCUCCCUGGCACACAUCUUCAGCAUCCUGGCCAAGAACAAGGACCUGCUUCGGAUAGAAGACUACUCUGUGUCGCAGACCACACUGGACCAGGUGUUUGUGAACUUUGCCAAGGACCAGAGUGACGAUUACCACUCAAAAGACAAUUCAGUUAAGCGUAAAGAGGCGGUGGUGGACACUACCCCGCUCAGCUCGCGGCAGGCUGAAGAGAAGCUAGCCGAGGAGAGGCUAAAGGAGAGCUUGGUGUGAGCAAACAGACACCAUCUUCCACCCAAAACUGGAACCCGCAAACAGUGUUGGACUGAGUUUAUGUCCUUGUAUUAUUACAGUAGUAUUUUAAUUCUUCAGCCAGGUGUUGCCCUCGGAAGGGCCCGGCUGGAAAGCUCAAUGCAAAGUUUCCCAAUCGUGCUGAAGUGAGUUGAGGCCCAGAGAGCCCUUCACGAUAGUCAUUAAGGAGAAAGAGUAUUAAACUUGGAAUAACUGCCAUAAUUCUAUCCUGUGCUUCAGCAGACGUUAUGCAGUGUAUAUUUUUAAGGAAACUGUGUUCAUUUGUGUAAUUCCAAUUAACUGGUUUCUACCAAUGAUAGGAAAAUAAUUCAUGGUCUGUUUCUUUUGGUUUUGUUCUCCAAGACCAGAAUUACAUGAUGAAGAAUCCCAAUCAUUUCUGUGGCCAAGGGCUGUACUGUAGAAUCUGAAUUGGUUUGAUUUUGUUUUGAAAGAUGUACCUUUUAUAUAUAUCAAGGAAUAGUUUAAUUUGUUUGGCUAAGUACAUUGUGGCAUUACUGUAAUUAUGAAUGUUCUUCCUUGUAGUUCAGUACCUUACUAUGUAGUGGACACUGUAGUGGCCAUUUUGAAACACUCCAAUUGCAGAGACUAAGUACACUUUUCAAUGUACACUAUGCAAAUAACUACAAGUUUUAAAAAAAUAUAUAUAUAAAAAAAAUCAUUUUAUAGCUUUUACAGAAAACUAAAAGAUUUGUUUGUGGGUUAAGACACAUUAUCAACAUUUGCAAUGAAUACCUCAACACAACAUACCACAGUGCCCUGCCAGACAAACUGUUAAGGAUACUUCAGUAUUUUCACCACCUAACCACUAGGUGAAAACAGAAACAUUCCCUCCAUGGGUUGAUAAUAGUAAAUCGAGUAACAUCAUCAUGGAUACUGGAAGGGACCAACAGUGCCAUGUCAGUUUUGAACUCCUGUCAUAACGUGUGACCUGGAAGCUUGUCAUGUAUCGUUGCAGAGACCGGUGCAGUCAAGUGCCAUUUUAUUGUGAAAUUCAUUUAGUGGUCAUUCGGGUGAAAUGACUCAGUAUUUUGAAACAAAGCUUUGCCUGAAAUGAGGGCAGUUCAACAUUCCAAGCACUUUAUUUCUGGUGUUAAUUGGAAUAUUGUUUUUGCACUGGAAUUUCCACAGACUGUAUACAAUUGUUUGUUUUGAUCAAAAAGAAAGAAUCCUACCAAGAAAAUUAUUUAUUUAAUAGCUGUUUGUUUUUAAUGUAUUGAGAAAGGCUGUGGGAAUGUCUGUUACUCGCCCUGUACAAUACUUAUUUACACAAUAAAACCCAGCAAAUCGUCA